CUGCACACUGCUUCCAAUUAUCUCUGUACCUCUCUUUCUCUCUCUCUCUUUCUCUCACACACACACACACACACAGUGUUUAGGGGAAAACAGCGAGAGAGGGGAAACUCGCCCUCUCUCCUCGACGCUGCUCCUUAGAGGGGAGGUUUUGAGACUCUGUGUUUUUUGGGGAGUUUUCUGGACGAUGCAGCUCUGUUGGAGCAGUCAGUGACUGCUCGCCUCACAAUGCGGCCGCUCGGCUUCUUCAGCUCUCUGUGUCUCACCGUGCUCCUCUCUGCAGCCGACGGACAGACGGGCGGGGGAGGUGGCGGCGGGGCGGUGGAGAGGAUCCAGGUGAUGUUCACGCCCACCAUCUGCAAGGUGCGCUGCAGCCAAGACCGUUGCGUCAACUUAUGCGAGAGAAGCAACCUGACCACGCUGUACAGCGACGGGGCAGCUGGACGGCCGAGGGACGGCUCCCGCGGACCGGGCUUCAGAGUCUUCCUCUGUCCUCUGCUCUGUAAGAACGGAGGCGUCUGUCUGCAGAAGGAUCGAUGUCUCUGCCCGCCAAACUUCACCGGGAAGUUCUGUCAGAUCGCCGUCACCGCUGCUGCCUCCUCCUCCUCCUCCACCAAUGAGGUCGUGAAGCUCUCAGCCAAUGAGGAGCUGUCGGAGUUCCUGCUGCCGCUCGGACAGAGCCAGGAGACGGGAACGUCCGGAGCUCCCAGCCCCUCCAUGGUGAAGGUCAGAGUGCAGCACCCCCCAGAGGCCAGCGUGAAAGUCCACCAGGUGUUGAAGGUGUCAGGGUUCACUCCCCCACUGCGGACUCUCUCCUCCUCCUCCUCCUCGGGGUCGGCGGGGGCGCCGGCUCCUGCAGGUGGGGUCGUGCAGGCCCAGACAGUGAGGGGGGUUGGCAGCUUCACCCAGCAGUCCGGAUUCAAGUACUGCUUCAGGGAGGUGAAGGAUGGACAGUGCAGCUCUCCUCUCCCCGGGCUGAGGAGCAGGGAUAUUUGCUGCAGAGGGAUCGGGAAGGCCUGGGGGAUCACAGACUGUGUGCUCUGUCCUCCUUAUACAGCUCACAGCAACAGUAGCUGUCCUGUUGGGUUUGAACGAGUCAACGGGUCGGACUGUGUCGAUGUGAAUGAAUGCCUGCAGCCGGGCCUGUGUGAGAACGGGAUCUGUGUGAACACCAGGGGGAGCUAUAGCUGUGUGUGUAGGGCGGGGUUCAUCCUCGACGCCUCACACGGAAUCUGUAUCUCCCAAAGUGUGAUCUCGGAGGAGCGGGGUCAGUGUCACCGGGUGCUGGGGGGAGGUCCGCCCUCCUGCUCGCUGCCCAUCCUCAGGAACAUCACCCGACAGAUCUGCUGCUGCAGCCGGGUGGGGAAAGCCUGGGGGCCGAACUGCCAGAGGUGCCCCUACUUCGGAUCGGUGGCCUUUAAGGAGAUCUGUCCCGCUGGACCCGGGUACCAUUACUCAGCUUCAGCCCUGCAGUUCAACCAGAGAGCCGCCGAGCAGCUGGGGAACCGAGGAGCACCACUGCUGGACCAGGAAAACCAGAUGAACCAGGAGAACCAGAGGAUACAGGGGAACCAGGAAAACCAGAGGAACCAGGAGAACCUGAGGAACCAGGACAACCAGAGAAACCAGGAGAACCAGGAGAACCUGAGGAACCAGGACAACCAGAGGAACCAGGAGAACCUGAGGAACCAGGAGAACCUGAGGAACCAGGACAACCAGAGAAACCAGGAGAACCUGAGGAACCAGGAGAACCUAAGGAACCAGGAGAACCUGAGGAACCAGGAGAACCAGAGAAACCAGGAGAAACUGAGGAACCAGGAGAACCUGAGGAACCAAGAGAACCAGAGAAACCAGGAGAACCAGAGAAACCAGGAGAACCAGAGGAACCAGGAGAACCUGAGGAACCAAGAGAACCAGAGGAACCAGGAGAACCAGAGGAACCAGGAGAACCAGAGGAACCAGGAGAACCUGAGGAACCAGGAGAACCUGAGGAACCAGGAGAACCUGAAGAAGCAGGGUUCUGGGCCUCAGCAGAAACCGUCAUCCUCUGGAGCGAUGUCUGCUGGAGCCAGUUCUACUACUGGUACCGGAUCCAACUCCGGAUCAGCUGGUCCCAGCAGAACCAGCAUCAGACCAGCCCCACCACCACCACCUCAGCCUCAGCCUCGCCCGGACCCCCCCAUCUCCUCCAGGCCGUUGCAGCCCGGCGGCACGGCCCUCCAGGACACACCCCGGACUCCGGUCCGACCCGGAGCCGAGCAGAGCCGCCCUGACCCAUCGCUCACGACCCGACCGCAGCCUCCGUUCAGCGGGAGUCAGGGGAGUCGGUCCUCCUCCGUAUCCCGGUCCGAUCCUCCAGCAGAUCGGGAAGACUCUCUCCCGGCUCUGGCCCAGCCUGAGACCCCCGAGAGUGGGUGGAGGCCCGGUGGACAGGGGCCUCGUCUGCAGAGCCCGACCCCCCCACCGGCCCGGGUCCAGACAGUGCUAGGUGUGUGUGAGAGCAGACCUGGUGUGUGUGGGCGUGGUCGCUGCGUGGAUCAGCCAGGAGGGAAGCACACCUGUGUGUGUGAGCAGGGAUACCAGCCCCACCCUCAGGGGACACACUGCCAAGAUGUGAAUGAGUGUGUGAAGUCUCCAGGUGUGUGUGCAGUGGGAAAGUGCGUGAACACCAUGGGGAGCUUCAGGUGUGUGUGUCCGUCAGGGUACAGGAGCAACAGCCAGCAGACCAGCUGUCAAGAUGUGGACGAGUGUCUUCAGUCUCCGUGCAGCGACGGUCGCUGUGACAACACACCGGGCAGUUACAGGUGUGUCUGUCGCCUCGGUUACCGGCUCAUCGGCAACAUCUGCACAGAUGUGGAUGAGUGUGACGACGCUCUGCAGUGUCCGGGUCAGGAGUGUGUGAACAGUCCCGGUUCGUACCGCUGUGUCUCCUGCAGACCUGGAUUCAGACUCACCAACAGGCUCUGCACAGACGUUGACGAGUGUCGCCAGGCGCCGUGCUCUAACGGUCGCUGUGAAAACACACCGGGAAGCUUCCACUGCAUCUGUCGCCACGGUUACAAGCUCCAGAACAACAACACCUGCACAGAUGUGGAUGAAUGUGCGGAGCUGUUUCAGUGUCCGGGUCAGAUGUGUGUGAACUCUGUGGGAUCGUACCGCUGUGUGUCCUGCAGACCGGGAUACACACUCACCAACAGACAGUGUGCAGACGUUGAUGAGUGUGAGGACAGCGGCUCGUGUCCCGGUCAGCAGUGUGUGAACACCGAGGGAUCGUACAGUUGUGUGUCCUGUCAGCCUGGGUACCACAGUGUGGGGGGGGUGUGUGAAGAUGUGGAUGAGUGUAUGCAGCCCGCUGUGUGUCCUGGUCAGCAGUGUGUGAACACGGUGGGAUCGUACCGCUGUGUUUCCUGUCAGCCCGGGUACAGCGGCAAGGACGGAGCCUGCCAGGAUGUAGAUGAGUGUAUCAUCGUGGGGGUGUGUGAGGCGGAGCGUGUGUGUGUGAACACCGUCGGCUCCUUCAGGUGCGAGUGUUCACCUGGGCAUCGAAGCUCCGGCCUGGGGAGGCAGUGCAGAGACAUUAAUGAGUGUUUCGAGGGGGAUUUCUGUUUCCCCAGAGGAGAGUGUGUGAACACAGUGGGCUCCUACACAUGUGUGUGUUCCCAGGGAUACACACUCAGUGACAACAGCACGGCCUGCACAGACGUGGAUGAGUGUGUGAAGUCGGGUGUGUGUGUGGACGGUCGCUGUGUGAACACAGAGGGCUCCUUCCACUGCCAGUGCGAAACCGGCUUCACCGCCAACCCCGAGAGGACCGCCUGCCUCGAUGUGGAUGAGUGUGUGUCGUCCGGCGGCGCCGUCUGCCCCUCGCAGAGAUGUGAAAAUACGAUUGGCUCGUUCCGCUGCCUCACUUCCUGUGAGCCGGGAUUCAGGGUCACAGAGACAGGAGGGUGUGUGGAUGUUGACGAGUGUGUGAAUAAGACUGUGUGUGGAGAGCACGCCUUCUGCCAGAACCUGCAGGGCUCGUACCAGUGUGUGUGUGACCAGGGCUUCACCUCCACCUCCGACGGGAAGAACUGCCAGGAUGUGGACGAGUGUGUGUUUCUGCCCGGUGUGUGUGGCUCUGCUCGCUGUGAGAACGUGGAGGGGUCCUUCAUGUGUGAAUGUGACCAACGGGGUCAUGAGUUCGAUACCAGCAGCAGGAAGUGCGUCAACACGGCUCCACAAGGAGAGAGCAUCCCCGGCUCCUCCUCCUCUUCCUCCUCCUCCUUCUCCCCCUCUCAUGUCAGUAUGGUGGGCAGGGCUCCGGUGCUACCCCCCCUCCCGGCUGCUGGUCCCGGGGAGCUCAGAGAGUGUUACUAUAACCUGGCUGAGCCUGGUACCUGCAGCCUGCUGGUCUCCAACAGCAGCCAUCAGGAGUGCUGCUGCACCGUGGGCGGGGGCUGGGGGCUGGGCUGCCAGUACAACGCCUGCCCCCCGACACACUCAGCCGACUUCCUGUCUCUGUGUCCCAGCGGGAGAGGAUACAUCACUACAGGACCGGGAGCCUUCAGCUACACAGAUGUGGACGAGUGUAAGCGUUUCCACCCGGAGGUGUGUAAGAACGGAGUGUGUGUGAACAACAUCCCCGGAUACAACUGCUACUGCUCCAGUGGAUACGUUUACAACAGCACGCUGCUGGAGUGUGUCGAUCACGAUGAGUGUGAGGAGGAGAGCUGUGUCGGAGGAGUGUGUGUGAACACCAUUGGCUCGUAUUACUGCAGCUGUCCUCAUCCUCUGCUGCUGGACGACACGCAGAGGAACUGUGUCAACUCCUCUCACCUGCAGACCGAUGAGAGUCUCUCUCUCUGCUGGCAGCAUGUGACUGCAGACCUGGUGUGUCAGAGCCCCCUGCUGGGCGCUCAGCUGCCCUUCUCUGACUGCUGCUGUCUGUACGGGCAGGGCUGGGGCAUGGAGUGCGCCCUGUGCCCCCCCACUGACUCCGAGGACUACGCCGCUCUGUGCAGCUCGUUCUUCCCGAGGUACCCGGAGAGCUUCCCGGACUCCGGAACAGAGACAGGAGGAGGAGGAGGAGGAGGAGCUUCUCCUUACUUCCCCCCCUACAGUCCUGACUCCCCCCCUGAAUAUGAGGAUUUCUCCCCAGCAGGGGGCAGCAGACCUGGCUUGAGAGGGCGGACCUCUUUCGGCCAGCCGGACGAAGGAUACCGCAGGCAGCCCGAGUACAGCACCGGGUACUACUCUGAGGGAGACUUCGCCCCCCCCGACGGCUCGCCCCCCAGGCCUCCCUCUCUCCUGCUCCCUGCAGACCCCCGGGCUGAGAGGGCGUUCGGGGCCCGGCCCCCCCCUCCGUCCCGACCCGACGGGCCCUCCCUCAGCCUGGCCCCGCUGCCUGGAGCACCCCCCUACCUGGAGGAGGAGGAUGGGGAGGAGGGGUGGAGGCCCGGCCCCCCCUUCCCCCCCUUUGAGAGGAGCAGAGGGGGGGUAGCACCGAGGAGGGUGUACGAGCGGCUCUACGAUUCAUACGCUGGCCUGAGUGAAGCAGAGGAUUGUGGGAUACUUCACGGCUGCGAGAACGGCAGGUGUAUCCGCGUCGCCGAGGGUUACACCUGCGACUGUUACCAGGGAUACGAGCUUGACAUGACCUCCAUGACAUGUAUCGAUAUAAAUGAGUGUGAGGACGGCGGCGUGGACUUCCCUUGUGUGAACUCUCGCUGCGUGAACACGGACGGCUCGUUCCGCUGCGUCUGCAGGAGAGGAUACGUGAUGUCACGCAGACCCAACCACUGCGUCGCCGCGUAGAUCAGCAACAACACAGAGCUGCAGGAUGUCGGAUUUCUGUGUUGGUCCCUGAAGGCAGCGUCUCCCUGGUUUCCUCCACAAAAAGCCAAUGGGAUUUCUCCUUGAGAUUUUGGAUUAUUACAGAAAAUAUUCUCAACAUUUAUGAUACAAAUGUUGGGCUAUAGAGGAACUACAGCACGGUCACAUGACUUCACGUCCCCACCGCUAAGCUAAAGGCGGCUAAUGUUGGGCUAUAAAGGAACUACAGCACGGUCACAUGACUUCACGUCCCCACCGCUAAGCUAAAGGCGGCUAAUGUUGGGCUAUAAAGGAACUACAGCACGGUCACAUGACUUCACGUCACCACCGCUAAGCUAAAGGCGGCUAAUGUUGGGCUAUAUAGGAACUACAGCACGGUCACAUGACUUCACGUCACCACUGCUAAGCUAAAGGGUUAGUUAAAUACCCAUGAAGGGUUUCUGAGUUUGGAUUUGAAGCAAUUCACAUUUAAACUGUUAAAAUCUUUGGUGGCAUGAAUUCAGAAUCCCAAAAAACUCCAUCUGAUCAUUUUAAAUGUUGACGUCAGACACAGAAAGCAAUUAUUUUCAUAAACAUAAUCAUACAAAAACGAAAAACUGUAAAAAGACGUAGAAAUGUUGUCGUUUCGAAGGCUUUAAAACUAACUCUGUGAACAUAAAAAACACAGUGACGUAUUUUCUCUUAAUAUUCUCAGAGACUGAUGAAUCUAAAUACUACAUUUCCCAUGAGCCUUUGCAGCCAGUCAGAUGAAUUGAAGUCUGUUUAACUUAAACAAAAGUCAACGCCAACAAAUCUGAAAGAAUUUAAGAUUUACCCAAAUUCAAAACCAACCUCUGUGAUUGGAUGGUUGUUUGCAGAAAUGCAUUCUGGGAGUUGUAGUGAAAUUCUCUUCUUCAUUUUGAAUGUCCAAAGAUUUCAAAUUGUACUUUUCUUUUAUCAAAGAGGCAGAUAUUUUCUCACAUAGGUUCAUUAUUUGUGGCCUUAUCAAUGGGGGAACAUAAUGUGACUUAUUUACGGAGAAAAUGAGUCUUAACCCUUUUCUAAAAUCCUGAGUUGUUGGUUAAAAACACUUCAAAUGAUCUGCAACAAUACUGCAAACGAGGGCGCUAACGUCACCUCUGGCCAAAAUUAAGCCCCGCCCACUUUCAGAUGUAAAUCCUGCAUCAGAGCGAAGUGAAAAUAAUAGUGUCUUCACGUCUUAAAGCUGCUGAGUCAUAUAUCACACCUCCAACAACAAAUAGAUCCAGAGCUCCGGUUCCUUUACUUCCUCUCCAGAAAAAAGGAGAGUAAAAGAAAGGAUCAGAAAUCUCAGUGUCAGUGUCAGCCUGCUGCCUGCCACUCGUCCCCCGCAGACCCACCGGACAUCCAUCCCCUAUUUAUUCUCCGUAAGCUGUCUCUGCCGUCUGACCAGACAUCUGACCCCAUCUCCAUAUCUCUGGACUCAGUAAACCCUUUCUGACCCACAGAGAGAUUGUUUCCUGGCAUCACUUUCACAUUUUACGGGGGAAAUCUGCAUUUUGGUUUGAGGGGGACGCCCCCAGAGAGAGGAGCAGAGACCCUGUCACCCAAAACUAUACAGCGUCAUAUCAACAAUUUGUGCAGGAAGUCCAUCACGAUUAAAAGAGAAGUGUCCUAACAAUUUAUACAUUAAUACAGAUAUUGAUAUUUACCUGCUGAAAAAUGUACAGAAUUCACAUUUUUGUAAUAAAACAAUUAGCUUAUCUCCUCUUUGUUUGUGCCAAUCUUAUUGCAAUCUGAAUGAAAAGGUUAGUGCCUAAUUUAACAUUUUAAUUUAAAAUGAAAAAACUAAAGUACAACUGUUUAAAAUGAUCAUUUACCAGCUGCAUACUGGACCAUAUUUAAAUCGCAAUAAAAACGAUGCGACCUCCUUUUCCAUGUGUGCCAGCAUCACAACAUUUGCAAUGAAUUUUAAAAUUGCAAUUUCCUGCUGCUGAACAUCUUUGUGGCCAACCAACGACUGGCUUUUACAAUAUUACAGUCUUUAGGACAAAAAGUAAAACAUGUAUUUUGUUUUUUUAGGAUUUUGAUAUCAGUGAGUUUGUUUGAAUCUGCAGAUUUAUGGAUGAUAAGAAACUUACAGAAUAGUUUAGAUUCUACAUUUCCUGUCUGUGCUUUAUAUUUGAUGCAGCUGCAGCUUCCCCUCCUGAAUGUACAGGAAGCUGCUUUAUGUAUAUAAUAAUUCACAGUAAUCCUUUAUUCUGUUACCGCCUGUUAGAUUGUGUUUCUAUUAGAACUAUCUGAGGUAUUAAUGACUCACCUGAAGUUUAACAUGCACUGUACCUGCCAGAGUUACACAGAAUAUUUUGUACGUUUUUUAAAUUUAAUCUCUGGUGUUUUUUUUGCUAUUGUUCAUUUUUAUGAUUCACUUUUUUAUCAUUGUUGUUUGUACGACAAGAAAUGAAAAUAUAUUUGCACAAACCUUUA